UGACCAAUUCUUCACUAAAUUAAAGGCAUUUAGAUUUUUUAGUGUAUUAAAUAUCGGUGGAUCUUAUGUUAAAGUGUGGAAACGCUUGUCAUGUAUGAUAAUCUCUGAGUUUUGGAGGAAGAAACAGGACAGAACUUUUUAUGUAUUUGCAUGGCAGGCUGCAGUUCCCCCUGUGGCCGGCCGGCGGCGCUGUUUCCACAGUUGGCGAACUGCCUGUAUUUGGUUGAAGGACUAUGUUGUAAAAAUCUUUCAAACUGUUAAUUUUCGGAGUUUUCGCGACUCCUCCGCAGGAGUGCUCGGUGGGUUCGGGGCCGGCGUGACCGCCUCUUCCCGGGGACAGGCGGACCGUCCCGCCUAGGACAGUGUGGCGCGGGUGCUUAGCGGUUUUCUGAUCUCUGGAGGUUUUUGCUGUUAGCUCCGCAGCUAAUCCUAAAAGUCGCAUCAGCUGUGCGGAUUAAAAGUUUCCCCACAAAGCUGGGCCCAGGAGGAGGCUCUGCUGGGCACAUUUAGGGAACUUCAUCGCGGCUGUUUCUGCGUAUUUUUCGCGGUUUUACGCAGUCGUAAAAAAUAACGUUAGCGGCGCAGCAAGUGAAGCCAGCUGUGGGUCAUAAAUGUCGCCGUGGCCCGCAGUCACACGCGGAUAAUAAGGUUUUCGUAAGGAGAUGCGGUAAAGAGAGGCGAGCUUCGCUGUUCAGCCCGCUGACUCGGCGGCUCUGGGUUUGCUGCUAGCGAGGCCUGCGGGUCGGGCUUCCACCGGGCUCGAGUAGAGCCCGUAGCCGCCGUCAAGCGGUUGAAGGCCGGCAGACGGCGCAGUCGGGCCUGUGGACCAAAGUAUGGAACGGAUGGAAGUGGACCAGUGCGCAGGCGCAGGAGGCGGGGCACUUCGCAGGUCGAACAGCGCCCCCAUGAUCACGAGUGUCAGUGACGGGAUGACGGUCUUCAGUCCCGUGUCCUCGGCUCGGUACAGACGCAGCAGCAUCUCCAUCAACCCCAGCUGUCCCUCGCAGCUCGUCCCUCUGUCUCCUUUCUCUCUGACCGGAUACAGACUCGACCACAAGAGGCAGGAGGAGAACACGGAGAUGACGCUCAGAGGGACUCUGCAGAGACUCGGUCCUUCCAGUCUGGUCCCAGUUCCUCCAGGCAGCCAGUGGCACAACCACACAUCAGUGUGGUUUCCGUCACACGACAGCGGCGUCACGCCCAACUCGUCCCCGAGUCCUACCAGGAGGUUCAGACCUGCGGUCAGCACCACGGUGAGGUGGCCGGCGUUGACUCCGCUGAAGAGGAAAGGGGGGGUGGAGUCAGAUGGACCCCCAAAGAAGCUCUUUGUUGCUGGGGUGACAGACCCCACCCACCACAGCAGCUACACAGUUAGCGUCUCACAGUCAGCGGCAGACUCUCCUCCUGUGGGAGGGUCCAUUCCUCAGUCCCACCCCCUGUCUCUCUCGCCCCCACCCGCCUUCACUCCCUUCACCUCCCACCAGCACCCUGGACACUAAAGACCAGCUCACCUCCCGACCCGUCACAGUGGGCACAGACCGCCCGUCAGCAGCUGGAGGAACUUCAACCUUCAUCACAUCGUAGAUCUGUUCCAGUCAUCCACCAGUGUCCCUGUAAGCCCCGCCUCUGUAGAUUUCCAGCUGUCCCCAUUGGCUGAUUGAAGAUUCAUCUCCACAAUCAUGUCACUUUGUGGCUCCACCCCACUGCCAUCAAACAGUGCCGAGAGGACUCGACAUCAGUGUCAUCGUGACAUCAUGAAGUAAACUCGGGAAACUUCGUAGGACUGAAGACACGCUGGUUGUGUAAUCGGGUUGAACAAGCGCAGCUUGGAGUGAAGGGGUUUGUGGGUAAUCCUUACGUGAACAUGGAGCAGAAAUUAGGACUGAAGAAGAAAAAGGAAAAGCCAGAGGAUGUCCCAUUCUUUUGCUUCCUUUCUUUAAAAACGCGUUGAAGACGGAUCUCGGCUCGUGGAAGGAUGAAACCUGGAGGCUCCUGUCCAAACAGACCAAUCAGCUGAUGCUGUUCAUGUUCAACUUCCUGUUUCUCUGUAGUUUAUUAUUGAGAUAGUUCAAAUGAGGUCCUGAGUUGUAUUCAGGACUUAAACGCAGACCGCUGUCCGGACGGUCUUCGGAGGCACUUCAGGAACAUUUGAUUUCCUCUUCAAUCGACGGGAUCGGAAUCAAACUUGGAAACUUCAGCACAACUUUUGUUUCCUGAAGUUGCUUUUGUAAAAUCUCAGAAAUCUUUCUGUAAGGAAGACAUAGAAAUGAUGAGGUUUAUUUAGAGGAAUUCAUGAGUGUUCAUGAUCAUCUGGACUCACAGCCCUUCAUCGAAUCAAGGAUCAUUCCCGAUCCCAAAACCACAUGAAGGUGGGCUGAAGCUCUGCCUCUGAACAACACUUCAGCCUUCGAAGGCUUUUUGUGUUUUAAUGAAAACUUCCAGUUAUGGGUGAGACUGGAUCCUUCUGGUUUUGUCAGAUCUCAGUUGGAGGCCGUUUUUAAGCCGGUCUCCAGUAAGAGGAAAGAGGUGGUUUCUUGUUAAUAGUGUAUCUAUAUGUGAAUACUUUGAGCAGCUGGUGUGCGCUGACCUUCCUUCGGCCUGCAGAAAGAAGCCGUGCUCUUCCUCCUCUGAUAUACAUUUAUGAUUGAACUCGUUCAACCCACUAAAUGUCUGUGAAGGUUCUCAGUCAUCCAGGUCAUCGUAGUCA